AUGGAUGACAAGACACGAAAGGUUAAUUGGACUAAGGAAGAAGAGGUGCUGUUGGUGGAAGAGGUUUCAAAUAGGGAGGGCAUUCUGUUUGGAAAGCUGGACGGAUGUCAGCGGACCGGACAGCGGAAGAUCAAGCUUUGGGAAGAGAUUUCUAGCAUCCUAAACUCAAGAGGCACUUCCGGAAAUCGGUCGAUUGGGAAAGUGAAAAAGAAGUAUCAGUAUAUUAUGCAGAAAGCAAAGGCGAAGAGGAGCUCUGCAGUGCGACCCCCAACAGGUGGCGGUCCUCGUCCAGCCUCGACUACCCUGCCAGAGCAGUUGGUGCUGGACAAUAUGGAGGGAAGACCAAAUCUAUGUGGUAUUGAAGGGGGCAUAGAUGCUGAAGGUUAAACUGAACUUACAUGACCAUAAGAUGUUUUGUCUCUCCAUGCAAUUAAUUGAAAACAUAUUGAUGGCUAAAACAAAAUGUCAUGCUUAUAUAUAGGUCAAAUAUCACCUUGUAAGAAGGUGAAUCAUGACAUGACAUUGUCACAAUAAACCAUGUCACA